AAGCACUCUACAAGACUGGGUGCUGAGAGUUUGGGAACCAGCUCCUUGUAAGAGGCCCCGGGGACGCAGAGGAGGAUGCGGUCGUCCGAUCCUCGGGCGCCGGCUGGAACGCGGAUGGCGCCUCGCUGCUCAGCCCACAACCAUGGCUCCUGAGAGCUGUCGUUUGCCUCCUGCUGAGCAGCGGCCGAACUGCCUGCGUGAUUCCGAGCCAGCUGAAGCCAGAGUCGGCUCCUAGAGAAGGGGACACCUCAGGCAACAAGUACCACGGAGGCAGAGCCACAGAUGGAAGGAGCCUGGAUCCCUGAGUUAAAGCUUAGAAGAAAUCCACCUGGGAGAGCCACCCAAUGAACAUCAGAAUAACAGCCCCAGCAAUGUGGAGAGGCCUGGGGCUGGCCCUGGCUCUUUGUCUCCUCCCCACGGGAGGAACAGAGAGCCAGGGGCAGAGCUCCUUUUGUAAGCAACCUCCAGCCUGGAGCAUAAAGGAUCAAGACCCCAUGCUGAACUCCUAUGGUUCAGUGACGGUGGUUGCUCUUCUUCAAGCCAGCUGAUACCUGUGCAUAUUGCAGGCAUCUAGAUUGGAAGACCUGCGAGUAAAACUGGAGAAAGAAGGAUAUUCGAACAUCUCUUAUGUUGUUGUUAAUCAUCAAGGAAUCUCUUCUCGAUUAAGCUAUGUGCAUCUUAAAAAUAAGGUUUCAGAACAUAUUCCUGUUUACCAACAAGAAGAAAACCAAACAGAUGUCUGGACUCUCUUAAAUGGAAAUAAAGAUGACUUCCUCAUAUAUGACAGAUGUGGCCGCCUUGUCUAUCAUCUUGGUUUGCCUUAUUCCUUCCUAACUUUCUCAUAUGUAGAAGACUCCAUUAAGUCUGUUUACUGUGAAAGUAAAUGUGGAAACUGCUCUCUCAAGACACUGGAAUAUGAAGACUUCUGUAAAAAUGUAUCUUUGGCUACUGUGGAAAAAACAACCGAGGCUCCACAGCCCCAUCACCAUCACCAUCACCAUCACCAUCACCAUCACCAUCACCAUCUUGAGAACGGUCAUCUUUCAGAGUAUCCAAAACCAGAAGCACCAGAUAACCCUGAGCAUCCCCCUCCUUCAGGUCUUCAUCGCCACCAUAGGCACAGGGGUCACCAAAGACAGGGUCACUCAGAGAACUGAGAUGCAUUACAACUUUCUUUUCCACAAAAGAAGCUCUGACGAAGUGGAUGCAUAAAUCAGUUACUCUGAAAAUUUCCCAAAGAUUCAGAAUCAGCUCUGAGUAGCUGAUGAUGACACUGCCGACAUCUGAUAUUUGAAAAAACAGGGUCUGCAGUCACCUGACAGUGUAAAGACAACCUCCCCUCUUUAUGUAGCUGACAGGGCCUUCUGGCGGAGGAGCACGUCACUGAAUCUUGACAGUGACGUUUGCCUCCAGCUGCCUGCCACGCAAGUCAGCAGCUCAAGCCUACAGAAGCCAGCACCAAAUGAAGCUGAGAGAAGAAGGCAGAAAUGUGAAAAUGACCUUCAGAUUAAACAUUUACAAUCGGAUGUACUGCCUAAGUCAGUCUAGACAAUUAACAGCUCCAGCAUUUUUAUAAGCUACCUAAUUAAUAGUGAUCCAAAAAUAGGAAUUGGAUUUGUGUACACAUGGAGAAAUUGGCUUCCACAUUUUAAAAUUUAAGUCAAAAAAUGUUUACCCCCAACCAUAUUUUUAUUACAGGGCAGCUGAAAGGUGGUUGCAGCAUUUGGUUCAUAUGUUUUUCUUUGUCUUUCUCCAGCAUUCUACUUGCAUUCAUGAGAACAGAAACAUAAACUAUGACCUAGGGGUUUCUGUUGGAUAGUCGGCAACUUAGAAUGGAGGAAGAACAACAAAGACAUGUUUUCCAUUUUUUUCUUUACUUAUUUCUCAAACAAUAUUAUCUUUGUCUUUUUAAUCUUACGUUUUUAACAAAUUAAACCUUUAAAGAAAGAAGUGAUUUCUGUCUUUUCAGAUCCAGAAAUACUCAUACAUGAAUAUUUUGCUAUGAUUACAUUUUAGAUAUCCAUUUAUACUUUUUUUACAUCCAAGACUCAUAUCUUGAUUUUUACUAUCACAUAUGAAUGAAGUCUUUAUAUCUUGCUUUCUUUGUCUAGCAUUGUAUCGUACUCUUUAAAAUUUAAGAUUGCCAGUCUUGAAAGAUAGAUGGGAAAUGAUAAAAGAAUGUUGUCUAUCUCUUGAUUGCUUAGAAAGUAUUUCCAUAGUCAAUGAUGGUUCAAUAGGUAAACUAAGUCCUAUAAACCUGAACUUUUUUAUGGCUGAUACUAUUAAGCAAGAAUGCAGAACACGAUUGGCAAAAGUGUGCAUUUGUUUAAAUAAACUCAAUGAAGUUUAAA